UGUGUUACAAAACUAUCAUCAUAAAUGAUGUUCAAGAAGUUAUUUUAGUAUCUCGCAAAAGAAGUGUCUGUUAUACUGUUCGUUAUAAUUAAGAACAUUUAAGUGUUCAUUCUUAAAAAUCUUGUUCUGUAGGGAAGAAAAUCGCUUUAAUUUCCAAAUGUACAACAGCGUUACAUUUCUUUGAAUAAUUAAGAUUUUUAAUGUCUUUUCUGCUCACCAAGACUGCAUUUAUUUGAUCAAAACUACAGUAAAACAGUGAAAUAUUAUUCUAGUGUAAAACAGCUGUGUUCUGUGUGAAUCUGUGUUAAAGUGUAAUGUAUUUCUGUGAUGCUCCGCUGUAUUUUCAGCAUCAUUCCUCCAGUCUUCAGUGUCACAUGAUCUUCAGAAAUCAGAAUAAUAUGAUGAUUUACUGCUCAAUAUUUCUGUGUGAUGCAUUUUAUUUUUCAGGAUUCACAGAUGAACAGAAAGUUCAGAAGAACAGCAUUUAUAUGAAAUAGAAAUCACAUUAGAAAUAUCUUUACUCUCAUUUUUGAUCAGUUUAAUGUGUCCUUGAUUAAUAGAAGUCUUAAUUUCUUAAAAAUAAAAAAGCUGUGAUAUUUUUGAAAUUCACAAUAAAUUAACAUUUAUAAAAUCACAUAAUCCAAUUUUACUUUUUUCAGAAUACAUUUAAAGAGAAUCUGUAAUAAAAAUGUGCAAUUGUUAAACGUCAUAAUAGACAAAAAGUGUAAUCAGUCUUUUUUUUCUUGAUUUUGUGGUCAAAUCUGUCAUAAACAUGCUGUUUUAUGAAGUUGGUAACACAGUUUUGCUCAGCAGAGUCGUAGCCUCCAGCAGCCUUCAUCAUGCCGUGCUUCAUCAUCCUGGUCUUCCUCCUGAUACGGUGCUUCAUCUUCACGAGCAGCAGCUGUCAGAGCGACAGGAACCAGGAUCAUCGACCGCGUGUCAGCUGUGUGGGUCAGGGACUGACCGCUGUUCCCCAGGGCAUCCACACAGACACACAGGUCCUGGUCCUCACUGGAAACCAGUUCACUUCUCUGUCCUGGUCCAUGUAUUCUGGAUUCACAGAGCUGCACGAGCUGGACCUGAGCCACAAUCACAUCAGCACACUGGAGCCGCCGGGUCCAGUGCUGGAGAAGCUGAGCGUCUUGCGUUUGUCUGGUAACAUGUUAACUGGUUUGGGAGGACUGGUGUUCCGCUGCGCUCCCAGUCUGAUGGAGAUCUACUUAGACAGGAACCAGAUUCGUUCCCUUCACGACGGCACCUUCAGUGACCUGCCGCGUCUGGAGGUCAUUAAUCUGUCUCAGAACAAGCUUCCUGUGCUCCCUCCUCGUCUCCUGGAGCGCGUGUCCUCCAGCGGCCUGAAGACCUUCGACCUGGAGAAUAACAGCGUCUCGCUGAUGCCCGAUGGGUUCUUCUCGUCCAAACCUGAGCUUCCUUAUGUUUACCUGACCCACAAUCCCUGGCUCUGCAGCUGUGCUGUCGGAUACCUCCACAGCUUCCUGAACGACCAGGAACACAACAUCUACAUGCACGAGGGACCGAACGACAUCAUCCCUGCCGCCGACUCCGUGCUGUGUUCUGGACCUCCUCACCUGCUCAGACGACCCAUCAUUGAGCUGGAGGAGAGCGACUUCUGUCCACCAGAUAUAACCUUUCCUAACAUCUACAUCAGAGGAGACGUGGAUCUCAGACACACUCCGGUUCUUCCAGAACAACCAGAUAUCAGUUACACUUCCAGAUACACUUCUGAACGUCCAGAUACUGGAUCCCCUUCUCAUCUUCCAACAAUCUCUGUAAAACCAAUUUCCAGCACUCAAGCACUGAUUGCUCCCUAUCUCACCACUAUACACACCCACCUGCACGAUUCCACCAAAUCCUGGACCUCUAUCGAAACAUACUGGGUCACUGAGACCUGGACCGAAAUCUGGUAUAAAAUCUGGACGGAGUAUGUUAUCUGGACUCCAAUACCCAAUACAUUUGUUCCCUCUCAAAACACCGCAGAACCAACCACCUGGAGAACCGACACAUCCCAACCCACAACCAAUGAGCUGCCAACCACUGCUCCAAUGAUUACCACUGGCCAACCGGAACCACACACACUCACAUUCACCACCAACUUCAGACCAAUUACUGACCAAUCCCAACCUCAAAGUACCGCCCAACCAGAACCGGCCAUGAUCACGGUCCAGACCAGCAGACGGGUCAUUCGUCCACACUGGACCGAGGCUCAGGAAGUGUCUGGACGUUUGCUGCCCUGGUGCUGGUGGCUGUUUGCUGGUUUUCUGUUGCUGUGUGUACUUUCUGCUCUCACUUCCUGUGUCCUGUUCCUUUGGCUCCUCAGGAACCUGGUCAUCUACCGGCGACUCAAGCGUCACAUCUGGCCCUCACGGGUCACCCUGCGGGCGUACAGACGCACCCUAAACACACCGCUCGGAUCGGAGAAUGAGGCUGAGAGCGUCAGCUUUUUACCCCGAGAGCAGAUCAGAGACGCUCAAGCCGUGUUCCGGAGCGUCCUCUUCAUCUCCAGAGACGAGCAGAUGACGGAGACCGAAGACGUCUCUUCUGUAACAGAGCUGGCGAGAGAUAAGGAGGUGUUCAGGAAGACGCUGUACAGAGAGAUGAGCACAGAACAGGAAGCAGGCGGCUGGAUGGAGGAAGUGGAGCGCUGGGGGAACGCACGCUACAGCUUGAUCCUAAGGGAGGAGCGAGGGCCUCAGAGAGAGAGGAAGUGGCUGGUUGGGGAGUGGGAGAUGGGCGGUGGGGGCGUGGCCUGUGAGAGGCCCUGCUCUCUGAUUGGCCAGCCGUCCACAGUCGCUCUGGAGUGAAGCGCUUCGGUCUCGACCAUCACUUCAGAACUUUCUAGUAUUACAAGCUGGUUCAAGUGAAGUAAUAAAAAGUUCUUGCUCUUCUCAGCUAGAAACAAUGGAAGUGAUUCUCUGUAUUUCACUAACUAUAGGUAACCUACAGCUACAUGUCAACUAACACAUUUAUAUAGCGCUUUUCUGGGUACUCAAAGUGUUUAAUAUUGUGAGCGAGGAUCCCCUCAACCACCACCAGAAUGUCUAAAUGGAAAUGUUUAAAUAAAGUUUUAACAAUGGAA